AUGGUGUUGCUUGAUCAAGGCAGGGCGCUGGUCGUCCUCGUGUUCUCUUGCCUGCUGCUCCAGGCUGCCCGGGCAGAGGUGUACAACCACCACUCACACGAGGUCUACGCCGACAACAGCCACAGCCACAGCCACAGCCACAGCCACAAAAACGAGCACCACCACUAUCAGCACGGCCCACCACCGGGCAGUACCAGCAGUGGUGGAGGGAUAGGACUCACCUCCCUCCUCCUCUUCCUUCCUUUCAUCAUGCAACUGUUUGGAGGAGGAGCUGCCGCCGCCCCCGCCGCCGCCGCCCCCGCCCCCGCCCCCGCUCCCCCAGAGAGCAAAAGUUUUAUUGUCGCCAAGGAUCUGUCCAGACAGCAUCACAAGAUCAUCAUGGUGUUCCUCCACAAAGGCCAGGCGCUGGUCCUCCUCGUCUUCUCGUGCCUCCUGCUGAGCGCAGCGAGUGCGGAGGAGGUGUACCACUCUCACUCUCACGAGGUGCACGCCGACAACAGCCACAGCCACAGCCACAAACACAGCCACAAGAACGAGCACCACCACUACCAGCACGCCAGCCCUAAGAGCAGCAGCAGCAGUGGAGGGAUAGGACUCACCUCCCUCCUCCUCUUCCUUCCUCUACUUAUGCAGAUGAUGGGAGGAGGAGCAGCCGCCGCCCCCGCCGCUGCCGCCCCCGCCCCCGCCCCCGCUCCCCCAGGUUAA